AUGGCGGAACAAGAAAAGUAUUCGAUGGUAAAGUCGAUCCGCCAGUCUCCGCCAGUCGACUUGUCCAUCCCCUACGACAGCGCAUGGCUAAAGAACAAGACCAUCCUCAUCACCGGCGGUGCAUCAGGCUUCGGUGCGGCCUUCGUCCGCAAAUGGGCAGCCAACGGCGCAUGCGUAAUCAUCGGCGACAUCAGCGUCCAGAAAGCCGAUCAACUAGCCCGGGACGUGCGCAAAGAGACCUCAAAUCCCCGUGUCCAUUUUGUGUACUGCGAUGUGACCGAUUGGCAAAGCCAGGUCAAUCUCUUCAAAGAGGCUGUAAAGCGCAGUCCGCACGGAGGCAUCGACUGCGUCAUCGCAUGUGCCGGUGUUGCAGGAACCGACACUCUACAAACACCUUCUGGCCUCGACGCCCUGGCGCCGUCGAAACCCGACUUCAAGGUUAUAGACGUGAACAUAACCGGAGUACUGUACACGACUCAUCUCGCUUUCUUCUAUCUUCCCCGCAAUCCGGGGUCUACCGACUGCUCUCCGGAUUCAGAUCCAGCGAAUACGCCUAGAGACAGGCAUGUCCUGCUGAUAGGCAGCGUGGCCGGUCUUAUGCCCCUUACUAUCCAGCCGCAGUACUGCGCGUCCAAGCAUGCCGUGCUAGGUCUCUUCCGCAGUCUCCGUUCCUCUGCAUUCGCAUCUGGAGUGCGAGUAAACCUUCUCUGCCCUUACUUCAUCGACACCCCUAUCCUACCAACCUCCGCACGGGUAAUGCUGGCGGGUGGUGGGACAGGGAAGGUCGAAGAUGUGGUUGAUGCGGGGACGCGGCUGGUGGCUGACAGCAGGAUUGUGGGGAGGAGUCUGUACGUUGGGCCUAAGGUCAAGGUGAGGCAACGGGAUGAUGGAGAGCUGGUGCUUGAUGAGGGAGGAGAGGACAGAGCGGUGUGGGAGGCGUACGCGGAUGAUUGGGAGGAUGCGGAGUUGUUUUGCAGACGGAUGAUCCGUAUUCUGAAUACGAUCACGCAGGUCAAAGGGUGGACGGGUUGGUUCAAAGACAUGUUUGCUGCGCUGUUGUACGGGAUCGGGCGGUGA